UUACUGGUCGUCGUCUUCAGCUUGCCUGUUGCCGGAAACGUUUGAGCAAGCCUCGCUCCUUCACUCUCUCUCUCUCUCUCUCUCUCUCUCUCUCUCUCACAUCACGCUUGGCCUUCCUCACUUCUUCCUUCCUUCAUCAAUGGCGGAGAAGCUCGCUGUGCCUCUUCUUCUUCCAAACCCACCACCCUCCAGACCCCUCUUUCCCAGUCAUCCUCAGUUUCAUCCCACGUCACCCACGCCUCCUCCAACACCGCCAAUGACCCCUCUUUUCCAAGACCUCCUUUUGAACCAUGAUUCCACUUCUUCGCAACACCAGCACAAUAAUGCUCAAUACCCAGACGAGCCAACCAGGACACGAAGGCGAAGCCGCAUCGGCAAGUCCUUAGACCCCAACCGCGGCAAGCCUUGGUUGAAUCAUCGGCUUUCAGCUCAAGGUGCGCAGGUACUCCAAACCUUAACCGACCCAUCAUUUGAUUUCAAGCAAUUGGAUGAAACGUUAAGUCAAUCUUUAGGUUCUAGUGGGGACUCACUGUCUUCAGAUAUUUUGGGCAUAAUUAAGGGUUUAGGGUUUAACAAUAAACUUGACUUGGCAUUGAGUGUGUUUGAAUGGGUUCGAAAAAGGGAAGAUUAUGUCACGCUCUUGACUGGUUCUGCAAUUGCUGUUAUUGUUAGCCUUCUUGGUAAAGCGGGUCGGGUUUCAUCUGCUGCUGCUUUGCUUCACAGUCUGCAAGUAAAUGGGGUUGAAAUAGAUGUUUAUGCUUAUACUUCUUUAAUAACAGCUUAUUCUAAUAAUGGGAGGUACAGGGAGGCUGUGAUGGUAUUCAACAAGAUGGAAGAAGGGGGGUGUACACCUACUUUAAUUACCUAUAAUGUGAUUUUGAAUGUUUAUGGUAAAAUGGGCAUGCCUUGGAGUAAAGUUAUAGCGCUUGUUGAGGGUAUGAAAAUAAACAGGGUUGCGCCGGAUUUGUACACUUACAAUACACUUAUAAGCUGUUGUCGCCGGAAUUCUUUGUACAAAGAAGCUGUUGAAGUUUUUGAGGAGAUGAAGUUACAUGGAUUUACACCUGACAAGGUUACAUACAAUGCGUUAUUGGAUGUUUAUGGUAAGUCCUGGCGGCCAAAGGAAGCCAUGGAGGUUCUGAAAGAGAUGGAGAGUAAUGGAUUUCCCCCAACCAUUGUAACUUACAAUUCAUUGAUAUCUGCUUGUGCUAAAGGUGGGUUGUUGCAGGAAGCAACACUGCUUAAAAACCAAAUGAUGGAGAAAGGAAUCAAACCUGAUGUUUUCACCUAUACCACCCUUUUAUCUGGAUUUGAGAAGGCUGGAAAAGAUGAUUUUGCAAUGGAAGUACUUAAAGAAAUGACGGCAAUGGGUUGUAAACCUAAUAUUUGUACAUUUAAUGCCCUUAUUAAGAUGUAUGGUAACCGGGGAAAGUUUGAAGAAAUGAUGAAGGUUUUCGAAGAGAUCAAGUUGUGCAAAUGUACCCCUGAUAUUGUUACUUGGAACACACUUUUAGCUGUAUUUGGGCAGAAUGGAAUGGAUUCUGAGGUAUCAGGGGUUUUUAAAGAAAUGAAGAGAGCAGGAUUUGUUCCAGAGAGGGACACCUUCAACACCUUGAUCGGUGCAUACAGCAGGUGUGGUUCCUUUGACCAAGCAAUGGCCGUUUACAAGAGAAUGUUGGAAGCUGGAGUGACUCCUGACCUUUCUACCUAUAAUGCUGUUUUGGCAGCGUUGGCACGAGGAGGGCUUUGGGAACAGUCGGAGAAAGUCCUUGCAGAAAUGAAGGGUGGUCGGUGUAAACCUAAUGAGUUAUCAUACUCUUCUUUGCUUCAUGCAUAUGCCAAUGGUAAGGAGAUUGAGAAGAUGAAAGCUCUUGCGGAGGAGAUAUAUUGUGGUUCAGUUGAAACGCAUACUGUGCUUUUGAAGACCCUUGUUCUAGUAAAUAGCAAGAGUGACCUCCUGAUGGAAACAGAGCGCGCUUUCUUGGAGUUACGGAGAAGAGAGGUUUCACCUGACAUAACUACUCUUAAUGCAAUGCUAUCAAUAUAUGGGAGGAAGCAGUUGGUGGCCAAAACCAAUGAAAUUUUGAACUUCAUGCGUGAGACUGGAUUUACUCCAAGCUUGACCACUUAUAACAGUUUGAUGUAUAUGUAUAGCCGUUCGGGGAAUUUCCAAAAAUCAGAAGAAAUCUUGAGGGAAAUUCUGGGGAAAGGAAUCAAGCCUGAUAUAAUUUCUUACAAUACAGUUAUUUAUGCAUACUGUAGAAACGGUAGGAUGGGGGAGGCUUCACGGAUAUUAUCUGAAAUGAAAGAUAAUGGCCUUGUUCCUGAUGUUGUCACGUACAACACUUUUGUUUCAACUUAUGCUGCUAACUCAAUGUUUGUGGAGGCUAUUGAUGUCGUUCGAUACAUGAUCAAGCUGGGGUGUAGGCCAAACCAGAGUACUUACAACUCUAUAGUUGAUGGGUAUCGUAAGCUGAAUCGACAGGAUGAAGCAGACGAUUUUGUUAAGAAUCUCACGGACCUUGAUCCUCACAUUUCGAAGGAUGAAGAAGGCAGGUUGUUGGGGCGGAUAGGAAGAAAAUGGUUAUAACUUGUUCCAUGAUUCUCAUGGUGCUUCACGGGAAUGCUUCUGUAGCUGCUAGUGAUGACAUCCUCUUCCAUGUUGUGUAACAUUCGGGUGCGAAGAUAUGGUGUGGAUGUACAUGAAAUUUCAAAGGAAAUGGUGUAGAUGGUGAGAGGAUGUUUUGAUGAUAAAUAAUAUUGUAUAAUUUAUUUAUUUAGUAGCAAUGAAAUCAAAAUUACUUGUGCAGUGAA